AUGGCGGAAAACAUUCCUCCUUCCACGCUGCCGCCGCCGCCUACUUCCUCGGCUGGCAUUCCAGGUUACGAAGUUUCUCCCGGUAGCAAUGGGCACAAUGCUGCGGCCAUGGCUCCCCCUCCGUUGCCUCCUGUCGUCAUCCCUACGAACAACAAUCCAGUCCCCAGUCAAGUCACGCCUGGGGGUGCUUCGGCGGGCGGAGUCGUGCGCAGGGCUGCCCCCGAGCCGAACAAAAGAGCACUUUAUGUGGGUGGGUUGGAUCCUCGAGUGACAGAAGAGGUCUUGAAGCAAAUAUUUGAGACGACUGGCCAUGUUGUCAGUGUCAAAAUCAUUCCGGACAAGACUUUCAGUACCAAAGGUCUCAACUACGGAUUCGUCGAAUACGACGAUCCCGGUGCGGCCGAGCGCGCCCUGGCCACUCUUAAUGGCCGCCGCGUCCAUCAAGCCGAGAUCCGUGUCAACUGGGCAUAUCAGUCCAACUCCAAUAAUAAAGAAGAUACCUCGAAUCACUUCCACAUCUUCGUCGGCGACCUGAGCAACGAGGUCAAUGAUGAGGUGCUCCUUCAAGCGUUCUCUGCUUUUGGUUCCGUUUCCGAAGCACGAGUCAUGUGGGACAUGAAGACCGGCCGAUCUCGUGGAUACGGGUUUGUGGCGUUCCGUGAACGAGCAGAUGCCGAGAAGGCCCUCGCGUCAAUGGAUGGCGAGUGGCUGGGCAGUCGAGCGAUCCGUGUGAAUUGGGCAAACCAGAAAGGCCAACCGUCCAUCUCUCAGCAACAAGCGAUGGCUGCGAUGGGUAUGAGUCCUACCACACCUUUCGGGCAUCAUCAUUUCCCCACUCAAGGCAUCCAGUCCUUCGAGAUGGUUGUGAACCAGACUCCCGCCUGGCAGACGACGUGCUAUGUCGGCAAUCUCACACCUUACACCACCCAAGCAGACCUUGUGCCGUUGUUCCAGAAUUUCGGCUACGUAGUAGAAACUCGGUUCCAGUCGGAUCGUGGAUUUGCCUUCAUCAAGAUGGAUUCGCAUGAAAAUGCCGCCAUGGCAAUAUGUCAGCUUUCUGGUUACAAUGUUAAUGGCAGGCCAUUGAAAUGCUCGUGGGGCAAAGAUAGACCCCCAACCGGUCAGUUCGAUACGUACUCGCCGCAGACCUCCGUCGGAUCGGCGACAACUCCCGGAGGCUACAAUCCCGCCUCUCCAUACUUUCCACAGUAUGGCACUCCUAGUUCGAUCACUCCGCAAGGCCCCAGUCCUGCUGGCCGCGUCCCAUGGGAUUCCAACCAUAUGGCAAGUCCUUACACCCCAUCGCCUCAGUCAGCAUAUGGACAGGUUACACCGUCAGCUGGCGGCUACGCCCGUGGUCAGCCUGCUCCAGGAGGAAUGUAUCAACAACCUCCGCCAUCGUAUGGCAAUAAUUAUCCUGGCUAUUAA